AUGUUCGUGAGAAAGCGCGAUGGUCGCCAAGAGCGCGUCCAGUUCGACAAGAUCACUGCCAGAGUGUCGAGGCUAUGCUAUGGCCUCGACAUGGAGCACGUUGACCCGGUUGCUAUCACGCAGAAGGUCAUUUCUGGUGUCUAUGGCGGUGUCACCACCGUGCAGCUUGACGACUUGGCCGCCGAGACCGCCGCGUACAUGACCGUCACCCACCCCGACUACGCCAUCCUGGCUGCUCGCAUCGCAGUUUCCAACCUCCACAAGCAAACCAAGAAGCAAUGGUCCGCCGUCGUCAGUGAUCUCUAUCACUACGUCAACCCUAAGAACGGCAAGGCGUCGCCCAUGAUUGCCAAGGACACAUACGAUGCCGUUAUGAGGCACAAGGAAGAGCUCGACUCUGCCAUUGUAUACGACCGCGACUUCAACUACCAGUACUUCGGCUUCAAAACCUUGGAGAGAUCAUACCUCCUCAAGCUUGACGGCAAGAUCGCUGAGAGGCCGCAACACAUGAUCAUGCGUGUCGCCGUUGGCAUCUGGGGUGACGACGUUGAGCGCGUCAUCGAAACCUACAACUUGAUGUCCAGCAAGUUCUUCACGCACGCCUCUCCCACACUCUUCAACGCUGGUACCCCACAGGCCCAGCUAUCCUCCUGCUUCCUCGUCGACAUGAAGGAAGAUUCCAUCGAGGGUAUCUAUGACACCCUCAAGACUUGCGCCAUGAUCUCCAAGAUGGCCGGUGGUAUCGGCCUGAAUGUUCACCGCAUUCGUGCCACUGGCUCCUACAUUGCCGGCACCAAUGGUACCUCCAAUGGCGUUGUCCCUAUGCUUCGUGUCUUCAACAACACGGCUCGCUACGUUGACCAGGGUGGUAACAAGCGUCCCGGUGCCUUUGCCAUCUACCUUGAGCCUUGGCACGCCGACGUCUUCGACUUCUUGGAUCUGCGCAAGAAUCACGGAAAGGAGGAGGUCCGCGCUCGUGACCUCUUUCUUGCCCUCUGGAUUCCCGAUCUCUUCAUGAAGAGAGUCGAGAAGAACGGAGACUGGACUCUUAUGUGCCCCAAUGAGUGCCCGGGCUUGGCCGACUGCUACGGCGAGGAGUUUGAGGCCUUGUAUGAGAAGUACGAACAGAUGGGCAAGGGACGCAAGACCAUGAAGGCUCAGAAGCUCUGGUAUGCUAUCCUUGAGGCCCAGACCGAGACUGGCAACCCCUUCAUGCUCUACAAGGAUGCCGCCAACCGCAAGAGCAACCAGAAGAACCUUGGUACCAUUCGCAGCUCUAACCUGUGCACUGAGAUCAUUGAGUACUGCGCUCCUGACGAGGUCGCUGUCUGCAACCUGGCCUCGCUCGCACUUCCCACUUUUGUUGACUACAACGAGGGUGUCUACGACUUCCAGAAGCUCCACGAGGUGACCCAGGUUGUUGUUCGCAACCUGAACAGAAUCAUCGACGUCAACCAUUACCCCGUUCAAGAGGCUCGCAACAGUAACAUGCGCCACCGCCCCAUUGGCCUCGGUGUGCAGGGUCUUGCCGAUGCUUUCCUGGCUCUUCGCAUGCCCUUCGAGUCUCCCGAAGCCCGCGACCUCAACAAGAAGAUCUUCGAGACCAUCUACCACGCUGCCCUCACCAUGUCUGUGCAGCUGGCUAAAGAGGAGGGCCCAUACCAGACGUACGAGGGCUCGCCUGUCUCCCAGGGCAUCCUUCAGUAUGACAUGUGGAAUGUCAAGCCUUCGGACCUCUGGGACUGGGACUCUCUGAAGGAGCAGAUCAAGCAGCACGGUGUCCGCAACUCUCUGCUCGUCGCGCCCAUGCCGACUGCCAGCACUUCGCAGAUCUUGGGCAACAACGAGUGUUUUGAGCCCUACACCUCAAACAUCUACCAGCGCCGUGUCCUUGCUGGCGAGUUCCAGGUCGUCAACCCUUGGCUUCUUAAGGACCUUGUCGACAUGGGCCUAUGGUCCGAUGCCAUGAAGAACCGUAUCAUCGCCGAGAACGGUUCAAUUCAGAACAUUCCCAACAUCCCCACAGAGGUCAAGGCUCUGUACAAGACCGUUUGGGAAAUCUCCCAGCGUACUGUCGUUCAGAUGGCUGCCGAUCGUGGUGCCUUCAUUGAUCAGUCGCAGUCGCUCAAUAUUCACAUGAAGGAUCCCACUAUGGGCAAGAUCACCAGCAUGCACUUCGCCGGCUGGAAGCUCGGUCUCAAGACGGGCAUGUACUAUCUGCGUACACAGGCCGCUGCUGCGCCUAUUCAGUUCACCGUUGACCAGGAGGCGCUCAAGGUCACCGACAGCGCCAUUGGCAAGGUUCUCAAGAAGCGCGCGCCGCCCCCAGGCCACGUCGCCGCUCCCGUUGUGAACGUCCCCAGGCCCAUGUAUGCGAAGAAGGACUCCUCUGCGCAAGACAACGGCAUCCCCACACCCAGCGUCACCCCCCCUCCCCCGCGGACUGCUCCCGCGCAGAAGCCUGAUACCAUGAAGGCCGAUGUAGCUGAGGGUGACAGCCCGAGAGCUUUGCCCACUGAGCCUGUCGAGAAGCUCAAGAUCGAGGAGCUUCCGAUCGCCGGAAGCAAGACACCUGAUGCUGAGGACAAGACAGAAGACAGCAAGGAGCGUGAGAUGGACAUCUAUUCCGAGGCUGUUCUUGCCUGCAGCAUCGAGAACCCCGAGUCCUGUGUCAUGUGCAGCGGAUAA